CGUUAUGUGCUAUCAAAUCUUUUCUAACUUAGGGAAGUCCUAUGAACCAAUGACUUCCCAAAAGUCCAUUAAUUGACAGACCUGCUCAACUCUUGCAGAUGGAGAACUAUGGCUUAUUUUAUGGAGUAAAUUAAUAUUACAUUGUCUACUCUUUUCCUACUACCUUCAAUGUUUCCUAAUACUAUUGUCUCUCCCAAUGAGUCAGCCCUUACAUAUUUUCUUAACUUAAAAAUGCCAUCCUUUUUCACACCCUCACCCCACCAUUCCUUUCCCACUUUUAGCACUAGGUGGCCAAUGACCAUGAAACAUCUCACAAAAUCCCUAAAGUAUGAUAGUUUCUGUUAAUAAUUUCAGUUGUUACUGAGACUUCAGGCUUGAUUUGGUCUAAUGAAUGCUGAGCAUUUACUUUUUGAUCUGAACUAAUUUGACAAUGCAUCUAAGGGGAUGCAUAUAAGGGGAGCCUGCCAUGUUUGCUGCAAGUCUACUUGGCCCCAGCUCCAGGAUUUAUGUCGUUUGGAAAAGCUUUGCUGCCCUCCCUUGGGCAUUACCAGAAAAAACCUGUUUGAUUUUGAAGUGGAAUAUCUGUGUGACUACAGGAGAGUCCGAGAUGAGGAGUACUACCUGGUGAAGUGGCGGGGCUACCCGGAAUCAGAGAACACCUGGGAGCCCAGAAAGAACCUUCGCUGUAUCAGUAUACUGAAACAGUUCCAUUGGGACCUAGAGCAGGCUUUGAUCCGGCGAGGAGGCAAGCUCAGAAAAAAUAUGCGCUUGCUCGACCAAAGCAUCUCUAACUACUUGGUGCAGAAAGCCAAACAGCGGAAGGCCUUGCAACAGUGGGAGGAUGAACUUAAUGCCAAACGCAACCACAAGGGACGCAUCGUGGUAGAAAACGAGGUGGACUUGGAUGGGCCUCCCCGGGAUUUUGUCUACAUUAAUGAAUACAAGGUUGGGGAAGGCAUUACUCUCAACCAGGUGGCUGUGGGCUGUGAGUGCUCAGACUGUCUGUCAGAAGCAGUGGGAGGUUGCUGUCCUGGUGCCUCACGCCACAAAUUUGCCUAUAAUGAGCUGGGCCAAGUGAAAAUCAAGGCUGGCUUGCCCAUCUACGAGUGCAAUUUUCGCUGCAGCUGUGGGAUGGACUGCCCCAACCGCGUGGUACAGAAAGGCAUUCGUUACGACCUUUGCAUUUUCCGAACAUCUAAUGGACGUGGCUGGGGUGUGCGCACCCUGGAGAAGAUCCGCAAGAACAGCUUUGUCAUGGAAUAUGUGGGAGAGAUCAUCACAUCAGAGGAAGCCGAACGACGGGGUCAGGUAUAUGACCGGCAGGGUGCCACUUACUUGUUUGACCUGGACUAUGUAGAAGAUGUAUACACGGUGGAUGCUGCCUAUUAUGGGAACAUUUCACAUUUUGUUAAUCACAGUUGCAACCCUAACCUACAGGUGUACAAUGUCUUCAUUGAAAAUCUGGAUGAGCGUCUGCCCCGCAUUGCCUUCUUUGCGACUCGAUCUAUUCGUGUUGGUGAGGAACUUACCUUUGAUUACAACAUGCAAGUGGAUCCAGUAAAUGCAGAAAGCACAAAGAUGGACUCUAAUUUUGUUAUAGCAGGAAGUCUAGCUGGUUCACCGAAGAAGCGGAUGCGCAUUGAGUGUAAAUGUGGCACAGAAUCAUGCCGGAAAUACCUCUUCUAGUUACUUGCCAGUUUUAUUUGGGAAGUGUCUGGUCAGUUUUGGACUGGAAAUAUCAAAGGACAACCUGUCUGUCUGUUGCUGAAAAUUGCCAACAAAGGGGUAGGAGUCAGGAACUUACCUGCUUGAAAAGCAAAUUAUCAGGACUAUGAACAGUAAAGAGGGCAAUAAUUCACAUCAUGGGCUACCUAGCUCUACAGUGCUUCUUAUUGCUAGACCAGAUAAUUCAUAUGGCAUCUGUCGGAGUUUUGGUAGGUGGAUGGUUUGACUUAUCAGACUUGCUGCUGAGAUGCUGGCUGGAAAAAGUGACAUGGAACAGAAUUCCCAUCAUACACCUGUGCAUGUCUUAUCACAAAGUGUUGUAGCGUCUUACUAUUUUAAAGGCUCGAUUGUUAACAGGGCAGGGGGGAAUGGCUCAUUCUUUUUUUUCUUCUGUGUGAUUUUCUAGGGGAUAGAAGUCUUCGUUUUUAAUAAGCACUUCCCUAGUGGCCUUAUGCAUAGGCAAGAAACACAGCUACUUUCUUUAAUAGAUUUGCUUGACACAGACUCUUUGUAUUACCUCAACAUGCCAUAUGACUGUUACCAUCUGUAUAUAGUCACAGAACCUUUUUAAUGGAGGUGGGCUACAGAAUUUUUACUUGAACACGCACUUAAUACUACUCAUGGAUUUUAAGCCCUAUGCAAAGAGAAAAGCCACAAUGUUGCCUUUAAAAAAUAAUGGAUUUUUAAAAAAGACAAUGUUUUUAAGAAUACAUUUUGGGGAGAGGGUUAGGGCAACGAAUCUAGUUUCUUGAAUCUGUUAUUAAGUUGUCAAAUUAUGACUGAUGACUGAAUUACUGUAGAUGAUUGGAUUUCUUAUUAUAUUUGAGAUAUAUUUUAUACCUGUUCUUUAAAAAAAACAAAGAAAAACAUGAACUGACAUCAGUGGUGUAAUUCUGUGUGGAGAGGAGGAAUAAAAAAUUGAAAAGA